AUGGAGUUGGGUACGAGGCGCCGCCGGCGUUCCUCCGAGCCAGGCCCUGCCGGCGGACCGGACUACCUCAGCGCCCUCCCCGAGGAUCUUCUCCUCCUUGUCCUCGCCCGCCUCGGCUGCGCCGCCGCCGCCGCGCGCACCGGCCUCGUCUCCCGCCGAUGGCGCGGCCUGUGGGCCCGCCUCCGCGAUCUCGCCUUCCGGGGCGUCGCCUUCCCGUCGCUCCAGGUGGCGCUCGGCCGCGUAGCCCGCCCCCCUCCCGCGGUUUCCCUCCUCCAGAUCCGCGUCUCCGAUGAACACCUGCCCAUCUCCGACGCCGAUGACGUCACAUCGGUGCUGCGCGCUGCCGCACUGCUCGCGCCGGAGAAGCUCGUCUUCGCCCUCCCGUGGGACCCAGAUCCGACUUCCACAGAGGUGGACCUGCCGUGCUUCCACCGCGCCACCUCGAUCGUGCUGGAGUGGAUCCCCUUCGUCCUCCGCACACCGGCUGCCGGGGCCGAGUUCCCCGCGCUCCAGACGCUGACCCUCACGGGCUGCCAAGUGGACGACCUCGGCGCCUUGCUCUCCCUCUGCCCACACCUGCGCGUGCUCAGGCUCAAGGGCCUCAUUUGGCUCGGCGACUACGACUGGACAGUCCACUCAACGUCACUGCAGGAGCUUGUCAUGGACAGCGAGAAUUUGAGGGCACGGCCGGUCGACAUCGUUGCCCCCAUGCUCAAGCAAUUGACGCUCUUCUUACACACCUACAAUCAAGUGACCAUCUCCAUCUUGGCACCAAUGCUGGAGAAUGUCUCGUGGCAAUGCCUCUACGGCAAGGGAAUUAUUGGGUUUGGUCUUUGGACACUCAAGAAGCUGAGCCUGCAUACCGCAGAGAAACACUCUUCGCUGCACAUUCAUGCCUGCAAUAACUGGUUUACCUUUUCCGAUGAAGAGGCCAACUUUGAACAGGAGAUAGAGAAGCAUAUGAUUGUGGACUUCUCUGCUUUGGAGCUGCAUUUGUCAGCAAUGGGCCAUGUUUUUGGAGCAUUUGUGUCGCAUCUUCUUGGGUUGAAUCAGAUUCGUAGCGCUAUACGGAGGAACAUUUCAUAG